CCGCGUCCUGCCACAUAAAUAGCGGGCGGCCGGCGCUGCUCUGCACCGCUGCUACCUUCGCCGGACCGAGCCGAACCGAGCUAGACUGAGCUAAACCGAGCCGAGCCAUGGACCCCCAGGACUGCACGUGUGCCGCCGGUGACUCCUGCUCCUGCGCAGGGUCCUGCAAGUGCAAGAACUGCCGCUGCCGGAGCUGCCGCAAGAGUUGCUGCUCCUGCUGCCCCGCGAGCUGCAGCAACUGCGCCAAGGGCUGCGUGUGCAAGGAGCCGACGAGCAGCAAGUGCAGCUGCUGCCACUGAGCCGCUCGCUCUGCCUGUAAAUAGUCGGCACGCUUCAGGGACGGGGGGUGGGGGGCACACAAAAGCCUAUUUUUUUGGUUUUGUUUUUCUUCUUUUGUAUUUUCUGUACCAGUGGUGAAACUGGAUGGAAAUAAAGGAGUUUUUCUGGA